UCAGGAGGUUUCUCAGCUACAUUCCACGUUCUCUUCUCUUUGGGCAUAGAUGAACACAGUUCCCUUCAACUGGAGCCCUUCUGCCAUUUCAGCCUCACACUUUUGUUCAGCUAACACAUCAUCAUGACUUCAUGUAUAACCAAAGCCAAAGCUUCAGUUAGAGGAAGUUCUAACCAGAAUGUGAGUUUUUCUCGUUUUUGUCACAUUCUGGAGAUGAAAUUGCCUACUGAGUGAGCUAUUCUGUAAAAACUGAGCACAAAAUGCAUGACGGCAAUCGAUUAAAGAAAGAUUGUGAACCAGUGGAACUGUUGGCAGACUCAAGUAAUCUGCAUCCAAGGAAGCAUUCUAUUACCAAUACUCUGAAUCAAGUCUUGGUUUUAUCCAUAAUCAUAUUGCUCAUAAUUACAGUGAUUGCAAUACUAGUGGGUUUUUUAGUAACCGGUAGAAAAUUGCAUCAGAUGUCAUCAGAGUGUCUUGAAGCUGCAUGCCCAGAAAGCUGGAUUGGUUUCCAAAGAAAGUGUUUCUAUUUUUCUGAUGACUUCAAGAAUUGGACAUUCAGCCAGAGGUUUUGUGACUCACGUGGUGCUGAUCUUGUUCAAGUUGAAACCAUCCAGGAACUGAAUUUCCUACUGAGGUAUAAAGGCCCUUAUGACCACUGGAUUGGGAUCAGCAGAGAACUAGGCCAACCAUGGAAAUUGAUAAACGGUACUGCAUGGAGCAACUGUUUUCCUAUCAGAGGAGGAGGAGAAUGUGCCUAUUUGAAUGACAAAGGUGCCAGCAGUGCUAGGCAUUACACAGAGAGGAAGUGGAUCUGUUCCAGACCAGACACGUAUGUCCAGAUGCAGAGACAAAGCUCUAUCUGAUCUUCAUAUACUCAUCGUAACAUACUACUAAAUUUUAAAGCAUCAAGAGAAUGGGGGUGCCUGGGUGGCUCAAUCUGUUAAGCAUCCAUCACU